AAACUUAUCCUCUGGAAUGAUCCUUUGAAAACAGGGAUUUUCAUGGUUGUUGUGUUAACCGGAUUAAUAAGCUUGUCGUGCUUGUCACUCGUAUCGGUUGUCUCCUACGCUGGAUUGGCAUUGUUGUGCUGCACUACUGCUGCCCGGUUAUACGCAAUGUUACUGUGCCCCAAGAAUUCUGGAAAAACCUCCAAAAGCUGUGCAAAUGACUAUGUUUAUGAGUGGCUGACCGCUGAUGUAAAGUUGCCUACCGAUCGGAUAACGGACCGUGUGACCUCCGUGUCAUCAGAAGUCGAACGGUAUCUCAUCCGCUUACAGCGCCUUUUAUUGUUGAAGAAUUAUGCGGAUGCACUGAAAUUCCUCCUUUUGCUUUACCUUCUGCACGUUCUGGGCGAUUGGUUCAACUUAUUGACUGUAGUCACCAUUGGAUUUGUUCUUCUGUUCACGCUACCCAGAGUUUACUAUUUGAAUCAGAAGCAGUUUGACUCAUGCUACUCUGCGCUAACGCAACGUGCUUCGGCUUUGCGGAAGAAGAUGCAACCAGUACUGGAAAAGAUUCCUGGAUACGGAAAAUGAACCCCACCCCCUUCUUCCAUUCAGUUUCCCUCGUCGUCCGGUACCGCGCUUCAUCCGACUUAAUCACUUCUAUUUGCUGCUUUAGCCUUUUCCUCCUAUGUCUUUAUUCGUCAUUACCUAACGCUGCAUCUCUGCCGCUUUCUUUCUGACUCAUCAUCCCGCUGUCCAGUCCAUGUGACCUGCUUAACCUUUCGUUUUGUCGUUAGGAUCGAUCAUGUUCCCGCAUGUGGCAAGUGGAACGCAAUACAGUACUUCGUUCAUUUUC